CUACUUCACAACAGUGUCAACAAAAGAAUCUGUCAUGUCCUGAUAUCUUUCUAGCUCGUAAAUCAAGCUUUAAAUCAAAAUGACAACGCAAGAAAAGAUAAAGAAGCUGAAUGAGGGAGUGCAUGAUGUUGAGGAGUGGAACCGGCAGGUGAUGACGAGUCUACAGAGGAUGGAGACAAACAGGAAGGAGAAGGAGAACAAGGCCGCGCUUGAGACUCUUGACUCCCAGCUUCAGGAGGCCCUGCAGCACAUGAAGAGGCUUGAGCGAGAGAUGCAGGACACACAGACGGAUAUCACACAAAAACUGGGCAAGAAAUCUGCUGCAACAGAAAAAAGUAGGAAGCCGCUGGAGCCGGAGGAGCAAGAGAUGGCGUACGAGAUCAAGUCUCAGCUGAUGAAGAACAUCGAAAUACAGAAUCAGAAACUCAAGACUGAGUUCACGCUGCACGAGAAAAUGACUGAGUCUCGUAUGCUGAGUCAGCAGAAUAAGCGCCUGCACGAUGACGUGUCGAUGUCUCGGGCCAACUCCAUGAGGCUAAUAAAGAUGUUUGAACGCAAAGCUAAAGAAGCUGAUUUUAAGUUAAAAGAAAUGGCACUAGAAGUAACUAGGUCACAGGAUCUUGCGGAGAAAUACAAAAGCCUUUAUGAGCUUGAGAGACGUAAAAAUGGUAAGGACGGAGACCAUCUACCACCAGUUUCUGACGGACAGGACAACCUGCCAAACAAGGAAUCCACAUACACGUUUCUUGGUGGGAAUACUAGGGUCAAUGACGUCAUCAGGAAAAAUGAGGUUCUGAGGGAGGAGAAUGACGAUUUGCGGCGAGAGGUUAGGCGCCUCAAGGAAGACAACCAGCGGUUCCUCAAGCAGACUAAGAUUGCCAUGGGCGAUCGAGACCAGAUGUUGCACAAGUUAGAGACAAGUGAAUCAAAUAGAAGAAACCUCCUGAAACGACUUGACAAGGAGAAAGGACAACAUCAGAUGUUGUCCAAGAGUCUAACACGUCAGGCAUCAGACUGGAUCCUUCUCAAGAAACAGAUUGCCCAGUUUGAUGAGGAGUACCGUUGGAGUCAGGUAGGACGAGUUGACCCACAGACAGCUGACGAGAGAGCAAAAGCCCACCCUGUCACCAAAAAUGUCUACAUGCCACGUAAAAUGUUCCCAGUGCAGGAGUACACAAAAACCGAGUCGAACGCUUGAGAUUUUGCCUUGUAAAAAUGUUUAUGAUAUUAUGAUAUUAUUAUUGUUAGGGACACAUUACCUUCGUUAUCAUGGAUCGUGUUCAUAUUUCAAAUAACUGCAGAGAUGUAAGAAACAAAAACGUUACGAACAAAAGUAAUAUUGAUACCAAUCCUUUGUCUCCAACUUGUUUGUUUGUACUGUUACAAUAUAUACUUAUGGUUUUCAGAAAAUCGAAUUUUGGUUAAAUUUAUUGUUGUUGUUGUUGUUGAGAUUCAUUUGUGUUGUGAAUAAUAUAAUUUUAUUUAAUAUUACAAAAGAGUAUAUUAUAGACAGGGGCGGUAUUAAUAAGACUUCAUACGUCAUUUCUUAACUUAUUUAGUCACUUUCCUAUUUUUAGUAUAUCUUUUUAGUUAUAUAAAUUAAAAAAUCAAGAAUUUCUAAAAAACAUUAUUCGCAUUGACCUUAUUGAAAACAACAUAACAUUAAUGUUAAAAGCACUUAAACAUUCUUAUAAAUUCACUAUGAAAAUAUUAAGAAAUCUACUGAAGUUAGGAAAUGCUUUAUGACCACGGCCCCAGGGGAACAGAUUCAUUACUAGGCUGGUGCAUUUGGGUUGGUGAAAUGUGUUUAUUUAUUCAGUUGUCUCAGUCGUGUCUCUUAUUAUGUUCUUGUGCAAUUGUAAACUGUGUUAAUUGUUUCAUUAGAUGUUCAUGCAUUACAUUCACUAGUCUUUAAGUGUGAUUUUGUUACUUCUCCCGAUUGGAUAUGCUGUUAUGCAUAUCGGUUUCUAUUUCUUUUUUGUUGUUAGUGAUGCUGAUUAUUUUUGCUUGAGUAUAACUGGUUUAACUAUGUUAUUGAAUUCAGGAUCACAAAUUUAUAUUUAAUUAAAUAAAUCAACACAUUUUAAAUAGACACUCUUAUUCAAAAUCAAUACAUACACAUGUAUAACAAACAUAAAUUUUGAGUGAUAAACCUUUAACUACUUACUAAAUAAUGCAUUUAUGUAAAAUAUUAAUUACUGAUGACAAGAUUGUAAUCAUGUAUCAAAUAGCUGAAAACGCAAAAAUAUUAAAUGACUGGUGAGUGCUAAUAGUUUGCUGUGAUCUACUAUCUCUCUUAAGGUAGAAAUAUGUGUUUCUGCACCUUUCUUUCAAAUUAAACUUGGUAUCCUUCAUAAGAACCAUUGUUUUCGGUAUUUAUUCAUUUAUUUAUUUAUUUGGUAUAUUAAAACAAUUGUAUUAAUGGUGGGAAAACCUAUUUGGGAGUAAGAGUGCAUCUUAAACUGUUUUGAUAUAUUGACCAUCAUCUUGCCAGUGAUGCAUUAUAUGUUUAAAAAUCAAAUAAUUGUGAUAAUAUAUGUCAUUCUCAAUGUUAAAAGGGGUUAUGUAGGUUGUUUAACUUGUUUUAAUCAGUUAUGCGUAUUUAUUUUAUGCUUAUUUUUUAGCAUAAUUAUGCUAUGGUUUUAUCUUCUUUUGUUUCUUAUACAUGGGAUAUUUUUACAAAUUGUCCUUUAGGUGUAGAUUUGAAUUACAAGAUGAUUUGUUAAGAAAGGUAGGUUUGAACUUUCAAGCCGAAUGUUUUAACUUUAGUGAUAACUCUAUCUGUGAUCUUUCUCGUUAGUGGUAGACGUACUGUUUUGAUUUGAGACAUGUCCUUUUGGCAUGAAUAAAAGUUACAGAGCG